AGCGCGCUGGAGGAGCGGCGGCGGGCACAGCCAUGACCCGGCGGGCUGGGGGCGCCCAGCUGCUCGGCGGUCUCCUGCUCGUCGUCCUGCUCGCUGCCGGCGUCGCCUCGCUCAGCUGGGAUCCCCCGGAGUCCCGGAGCCGAGCCAGCAAGAUCCGAGUGCACCCGCGGGGCAACCUCUGGGCCACCGGUCACUUCAUGGGCAAGAAAAGUCUGGAACUCUCCAGCCCAUCCCCAUUGGGGACAGCUCCCUACACUUCCCUGAGGGACCAGAGACUGCAGCUGAGUCAUAAUCUGCUCAGGAUCCUCCUGCUAAAGAAAGCUUUGCGCAUGAGCCUCAGCGGCCUAGCACCCCCCACCCAGUACAGGAGGCUGCUGAUGCAAAUACUGCAGGAGUGAUGCCUAUACUGGGGCAGACAUGACAACACUGGAAGGUGCUGAAUGGGACCCCGGUGGUGGCCUCAUGUUGAUGUAUUCCCGAGCUCGAAUCUCUGUUACUCCAUUACUGCGAUUUCUGCUUGGGCUGCUAGGAAUAUCGCCGAGGCAGAUGCAAACUAUGUUCUUGCUGUAUUUCUUGCUUCCCUGUUGGAGUUGUGAAUAAAACCCUGCU